CGUCCAUGGAUACAACCGAAGCGCCGAAGGUUGAUUACAUUUAAUCCAGUUGUCUCGAGUACAGAGGUUAUGAAAAACCAAGGUAUUCAUUUUAUGACUCUAAUGGCAUGAAAGUGUACAACAGCUUUCUGACAAUUACAUGACACGAUUUUAAUGAAAUUCUUGAAUGGCAUUUUCUAAAACUGAGAAAAAAUAAGAUAAAAUGAAUUACACUUUGUAUCGUGUAACUCUUCAAGUAAUGAAGAAAGGGUUUACCCUUGCAACAAGUACAAGCAAUUUGAAUACUAUAGGGAUUGGGGGGAAGUACACGAGUACAAGUAGUUCUCAACGGGACAAACUCAAAGCAUUGGAACUUCUUAAGGAGAGAAGUCUACUUCAUCUCGAGGGACCGGAAUCAUCUGACUUUUUACAAGGAUUAAUAACAAAUGAUAUGCAACAUUUCAAAGCUGGAGCAGCGAGUAUGUACUCUUUAUUUUUAAAUGUUAAAGGUAGAGUCUUAUAUGAUACGAUCGUAUAUAAAGCUCCAGAAAAAGAAACUUAUUAUAUAGAAUGCGAUAAAAAAGUAACCGAAGCAUUAUUGAAGCACCUUAAGUUGUAUAAACUUCGUAGAAAAGUAAAUCUAGAUUCCAUUGAAGAUAAAAUGCAAGUUUGGACAAUGUUUGAUGCAAAUAUCAUACCUAACUUAAGGAAUAAUGUGAGUGAAUUUGGUACACCUGCUUUAGAAGGUCAAAUAUUUCCCUGUGGAACUUUAAAUAAUAAGUCGAGCAAAUACCUGGACAAUGUAAUCGUGUACGAAGAUCCAAGAUUAUCCCAAUUAGGUUUUAGAAUUUUAACUCGAGCAAACGUAAGACAUGAAGAAUUGGCAAAAUAUCUAAAUUCCAGCAAAUCUGCGGAAGACAAUCCCACCAGUUAUAAAGCUUUUCGUUACAAACUGGGCAUUGGUGAAGGUAUAGAAGAUCUCCCACCAGGGAAGCCACUUCCCUUAGAAAUUAAUUGCGAUUAUUUACGUGGAAUAAGUUUCCACAAAGGUUGCUACAUUGGUCAGGAAUUGACUGCAAGAACGCAUCACACUGGUGUAGUUAGAAAACGUUUAAUGCCUAUAAUUUUCCAUAGAGCCACAGAUAAAACAUUUCAAUACGAUGAAAACAUUCUAGAUGAGUCUGGAAAAGUAGUUGGGAAAUUUAGAGGAAGAAAAGGAGAUUUUGGCUUAGGAUUAAUAAGAAUUACAGAAGCACUUGGCGCACAAGCUCUGACAAUGUCAGAUGUUUCCAUAAAGGUUAUUAAACCAUGGUGGUGGCCUCAAGAACAGAGUAAAGAAAAAGUAUCUGCUGGCAAUAAAUAAUUGUAAUUGAGACAUUCUUCGUUUGAGUUCGGUUUAAUGCAAGAAAAUUUGUACAUACAUAAAUAAAAAGUUCUAGAAUAAAAGAUGUCACCGAAA